UACGUAGCUCGCAUUCUCAGUAAGCCCAACAGAGUACAAAAUUAUAAACUUUUUAUAUACAAAUCGAAAAAAAAUUACAAGUCUAAUAGUAUUGGGCAAGCAGAAUGCAAAGAGCAACAGCCAGAGUAAUAGAGCCAGCAAUAAAUCAGCUUGGACAGCUGCUGCAGCGUCUGCAGAUGCACACAGCAGUUGAGCAGCCAUGCCCUAGGCCUAGCCCGGUCGAAGACGCUGCGGAGGAAGAGCGAAGCCUGGACGCUGAAGAUUUGCGCGUGCUGCAUUUGGCAGCGCCGUUUAAGCUGCACCGCUUGGAGCACGGGCCGGAUACGCUGGUGGUGCUGAAGCUGGAGCAGGCGAAGCGAUACUACCGCCAGCUACUGGCAUUGCGACGACUGGAAGCCGCAGCCGCACAGCUGUAUAAGGAGCGGCAAGUGCGUGGCUUUUGUCAUUUGUAUACGGGCCAGGAGGCAUGCGCCGUGGGCUUGUGUGCAGCGCUGCGUGAGCAGGAUAAUCUGAUAGGCGGCUAUCGCAUACACGGCUACGCCUACUUGAUGGGCGUCAGUGCAGUGGGAGUGCUGGCAGAGUUGACGGGCAAAUGCAGCGGCUGUGCGCGUGGCAAGGGCGGAUCGAUGCAUAUGUAUGCGCCGCAUUUUUAUGGCGGCAAUGGCAUCGUGGGUGCUCAGGUGCCGCUGGGUGCGGGCAUAGCCUUGGCCAGCAAAUACCGCAACGAGGACGCCGUCUGCUUUGCGCUUUAUGGCGAUGGAGCUGCCAAUCAGGGUCAGAUCUUCGAGUGCUUUAACAUGGCGCAGCUGUGGCAACUGCCGUUGGUCUUUGUCUGCGAGAACAAUCACUACGGCAUGGGCACGAGUAUCUGGCGCUCCACAUCGAAUACCAGCAACUACAAGCGUGGCGAUGAGCUGCCGGGCAUCUGGGUCGAUGGCCAGGAUGUGCUGGCGGUGCGCAGUGCCGCGCAGUUUGCCAUUGAUCAUGCACGGCGACAUGGUCCACUCGUGCUGGAGCUGUGCACGUAUCGCUAUGCGGGGCAUUCCAUGUCAGAUCCAGGCACCAAUUAUCGCAAGCGUGAGGAAGUGCAGCGGGUGCGGCGCUCGCAAGAUGCAGUCGAACGCUUCGGCACACUUUGCCAGCAGCAAGCUUUGCUUAGCAAGUCGGAGAUGCUGGCCAUUGAACAGGAAGUGCGUGACGAAGUGCAGCAGGCAACCAAAGUGGCCAUAGGCGAUGCUGAGCUGCCGCUUUAUCAUCUGUGGAGCGAUGUCUAUGCGAGCAGUUUGCUAAACAAAAUUCGAGGCAUUAGUGAGCAUAAUUUGAGGCAUGAUGUUACUUAACUAAAUUUUUAGUUAAUAUCAGUAACAGUCACUAACAAAAUGUAAUUUUAUAGGAUUUUUAAUAUAUGUUACAGCUCAGCUAAA